AUUUCAUUCUUUCCAAUAAUUUUCCUUUCAACCUCAGCUUUUUUUUUUUUUAACAUCAAAUUUGGGGAACCCAUUUCUAUCCUACGCAAUCGGGAGUUACGUUGGUAUAGGAUGAAUGGACAUCAAAGAAACCGAGAAUAUCCUUCAAAUCGACAUGAAAUUAAAUUACUGGAGGCAAUUGCUAAGUCCUUUCUCAUCCUCGAUCGUGUGGUUUUAAAGACACUCAAAUAUAAGGGUGAUCCCGCAGGUGCUGAAAGGUUUGAGAAGCUCACAAAAGGAUAUUUUGACCGUAUCGAAAACGAUCCUCUGAAAGAGUUGAGAUUCAAAUUGCGGGUUGAUCGGUUCGUGAGUGAGCUUAAGUUGAACGAUCUUUUAGAUCUGAUGUCAAGACCCGAGCGAACUACAUAUUACCGGGACACCAUAUAUUUGCGACUGAACGCUUGUUACAACGCCCAGGAUGAAGAAGAGUAUCACCUAGCUUCUUCCUCCGACGAGCCCCCAUUAGGUGUGGAGGAGCACGCCAAGAAAGGGUUGCGUGCUAUAGUGGAGGAAAUGUACAAUCUAGACGAGCGUGUCAGACGUGCAGACGACAAGAACUAUGCCGGGGAAAAGAUUCUUCAACUCAAAACCAUGCUUGGUAAAAUAGAUGGCGUCCUCGAGAGAGCUUGUGAAUAUUUGGGACAUGAGUACAAGCCUCUCGCCAACUGGAAUAGUACCAUUAAUCAGCAGACAAUAACAAUCUCAGCCAAAUCUCCAAAUAAUUCAUUGACUUCUAAUCCACCAGCCGCCGCUUCAGGACAUACAAAAAUAACAUCUGUAGUUGCUUUCUUCGUUCCGUCUUUUUACAUGGCUUUUUUUGUUCUCGCUUGUAUGGCUGCUUCUAUUUUCGCUUAUAUGGCUGCGUUUAACGCUGAAGCCAUUCCUGGGAGAGCGACGGAUUCCGAUUUCUACCAACUCAUAGCAUCUACUAUUCUUCAAUCCCUUGGAAUAGGCACCUCGAUAUGGCCAAUAAUCAACGACCUUCGUCCAACACGUUAUCUUCUGCUCAAGUGUUGGAUAUAUACCGGCCUAAGUGUCUUCCUUACUAUUGCCGCAGUUCCUCUUUACGUUCUUGUACCAGUAUCUUGGAGUGGGAUAUCAAAUUUUGUUGGAACUUGUAUGCUCUCUUUCGUGCAACUGGAGCUCAUGCUUGGUAUAUCUCAUUAUAAACCCCACACGGAUUGAGGAGUUUGUCGGUCCCCGACUCUCGUGGAAAGGCAGUGGCAGAAUGUUCCCAGGAUAUCUUCAGAUGUCAGCUUCAAUAUUGGAAUAUUCUGAACCAAAUCAUUAAGUUUAAACUU